AUGGUCCCGACUAGUUCAUGGCUUCCGAUUCUUCUCCGCCGAAAACUACUAAAUUGUCGUGUUCCGCUGUUUAGAAGCUAUUACAUCCCAACUGUAACCGACUUGACGAUGGAUCAAGCCAAGGAGGAACCACUUACCUCGUUUGCUGAAAAUCCAACAAAGAGCGUUGAGAAGGAUGCUUUGGUAGAGCAGGGGGUAAAAUUUACCCGGCCAGAUCAGGUGAAAAAAGCAAAUGUUGCUGAGGCGAAAUGGCCAUGGUGCAAGGGAAAGGACUAUGGAAAGAUGCCUCGCUACCUGAUUGUCCUCCUCUUGGCGUUCCUUCUUAUCGCCGUUGUAGUUAUGUUCUACGUAUUCCUUCAUGUGGGAAUGAGAAACACUCCUACUACCGUGGUUCAUGAGCCGGAGAUAGUUUACACUUUGCCUUCGGAAAGAAUUGGUGACGAGGACCUCCAUCACGUUGUGACUCUUCCUGUAGACAAGGAAAUUGCAUCUGAAGAGGAUCUGAUCACCACUACCACCGAUGGAUCUGUUAGUGAAAUCACGGACGACGUUGUGGAAGAAGCAGAAAAGUCAGAGGACGUCGAGAAGAAAGAAGUUGAAGCAGCGGAGGAACUUCAGGCGGAAACUGCUACUUUAGAAACCACCAAACCUGUAUCAACAACUCCAGCGCGACGUCGUAGACCAACUCCAACUCGUAGAAUGCCUAUUUCGACUAGCACUCUCCAGUUCUACGAUCCAGUGGACGAUGAAACUACUGAAUCAUGCUUCGACCGUCUCAUCACGGGAAGCCCAUCUGGAGUGUACAAUAUUCAGGGACCAAAAGAUUACCAGGCAUACUGUGAUAUGGACACAACUACUGGAGGCUGGACUGUCAUUCAAAGACGUGUUGACGGAGAAGAGAUAUUCCAAAGAGGAACCAUGAAGAAAUACGUCAAUGGUUUUGGAAAACUCAAUGGUAGUCACUGGUUGGGACUUGAGAAAAUGCACUACAUGGCUCCUGUCGGAUCUCUUCCAGCCACUCUCCGUAUUGAGAUUCAGGGAGAAACCUGUGACACGACGUGUAGUAGAAGAUUUGCCAACAAUUGGGUGGGAGAAUGGAAAGUGAACUUUGGAGGAAAAGAAGAUGGAUAUAAGAUCUACUUCUCCGGAAGAGGCAUCGGCAAUUUGACUGUUAACGGUUCCGAUCCAUUUUAUGAAGCCAAUGGAAAAAGAUUCACAACUCUCGACAACGAUCAAGACGAGAACACGCAAAUGAACUGUGCUGGUUUCCGCAUGCUUGGAGCAUGGUGGCACACCGGAGAAUGCUCGUCUGUGGGGCUCAAUGGCUACUAUCAAACAGUCGCUCAGAAAUACAAUAUUAAUGACAGAAAUCAGAAUGACAAGCGAUAUUUCGUCUGGGCACAUGAUAAGCACACCAUUCACGGAUACCCAUACAUCAUCCACGUCCGCAAAUCUCUCAUGCUCCUCAAACCAGACGUCGAGACACAUAAAUAA